CCUAGACGGGGGGGAGAAGGGGAGGGGAGAGGCUCGGCACUGACCCCCUGUAUCCCAUCAGCCCCCGGAGAAGCGGCGCCGAACCAUCGAGGACUUCAACAAGUUCUGCAGCUUCGUUUUGGCCUAUGCCGGCUACAUCCCCCCCGCCAAGGAGGAGAAUGAGUGGCCAGCGUCGGGCUCGAACUCGCCACUGCGGCCCGAGAGCACGGCAGACAGCGACGGCUGGGAGUCGGCCCACUCGGACCUGCACACCAUCGAGACCUUCGUCAAGAAGGCCAAGUCGUCCAAGAAGAAGGCCUUCCGGCGCCUCAAGUCCGACAGCUCCCUGCUGGAGAAGAUGAAACUCAAGGACUCUCUCUUUGACAUGGAGCCACCGGGCACCAAGACUCCACUGGGGCCCACCGCCAAAGGGACAGCAGGUGGUGGCAACAUGGCGGCCAGCGCCCACAUGGCCGACAAGAAGAAGGACAAGCGGAGCCGGCGGGCGGGGGCGGGCACCGAGGGCCCCAAGCGGGGCCGGGGGGACCCGGCAGGGGAAAAACGGGCCCGCAUUAAAAAGAGCAAGAAGCGGAAGUUGAAAAAGGCAGAGAAGAAGGCCAAGGCCUCCCUCAGCGACACGGACUCGGAGGAGGACGAGGAUGAGGAGGAUGAGGAUGAGGAGGCGGUGGCCAUGGCAGGGGCCCCUGAGGCAGGAGUGGGGCCUCCAGGGGGCCGGGGCGGGGCAGGCUCCCCUGCCAAGCUGGGGGGUGCUGGGGAGGGCAAAGAGUGCGCCAGCACCGAGACAAGCCAGGACGGCGACGCCAGCUCCAGCGAGGGCGAGCUGCGGGUCAUGGAUGAGGACAUCAUGGUGGAGUCAGGUGACGACUCAUGGGACCUGAUCACGUGCUACUGUCAGAAGCCCUUUGCCGGGAGGCCCAUGAUCGAGUGUAGCUGCUGUGCCACCUGGAUCCACCUCUCCUGCGCCAAGAUCAAGAAGACCAACGUCCCGGACAUCUUCUUCUGCCAGAAGUGCAAAGAGGGUGCCCGCAAGCCCCCCCCCCAGCCCCCCCGGGGCAGUGCUGAGGCCUAGGGGACGACCCCCCCAUCACCUCAACUGCCCUGGACUCCUUCCCCACCGCCCCAGGCCAGAGAUUGGGGGUCUGCUCCCCUGCAGCACAGAGGUGUGGAGGAUUGACACCCCCCCCCCCCCCAACAUGGACAGCCCUGGGGGGGGUGGAUUUGAUACCGCUGCUUUUCUCCCUUGGAAGUUGGGGGGGCUUUUGAUACCCCCCAAUGUGUAAAGUCGGGUUGUAAAUACAAAAAGGGGGUUGUUGUUUU